CCGCUAAAUCCCUCCGCUUGCAGCCGGGUUCCAACUCGGAUUCGGUGGCGGCGUCCAUCGUUGCCAGGCUCCGCAGGACUGCCCAGUGCCUCAGGUAUGCCAUAAUGCCGAGGGUGGACGUGGACCUCAAGCUGGACUUUAAAGACGUCCUGGUCCGGCCAAAGAGGAGCAGCCUGCAGAGCAGAGCAGAGGUAGACCUGCAAAGAACCUUCACGUUCCGCAACUCCAGGCAGACCUACCGUGGAAUCCCCAUCAUUGCUGCAAACAUGGACACCACUGGUACUUUCGAAAUCGCUCAGGCCCUGAGCAGGCACACAUUGUUCACAGCCAUUCAGAAGCAUUACUCAGUGGAGGAGUGGAAAGCCUUUGCAGCCAAGAGUCCAGAGUGUCUGGAGUACGUAGCAGCCAGCUCAGGAAGUGGUCAGACAGACCUGGAGAGGCUAUGUAGCAUUCUGGCCGUUGUUCCAGAGGUCAGGUACAUCUGCCUGGACGUGGCUAACGGCUACUCGGAGCACUUUGUGGAGUUUGUUAAGACUGUCCGGGGCAAGUUCCCUGAGCACACCAUCAUGGCAGGCAAUGUGGUGACAGGGGAAAUGGUGGAGGAACUGAUCCUCUCUGGGGCUGACAUCGUCAAGGUGGGCAUUGGACCAGGCUCUGUGUGUACCACACGUAUCAAGACCGGGGUGGGGUACCCUCAGCUCAGUGCUGUCAUGGAGUGCGCUGACUCUGCCCAUGGACUCAAAGGUCACAUCAUCUCGGACGGAGGAUGCAACUGCCCGGGGGAUGUGGCUAAAGCGUUCGGGGCAGGAGCAGAUUUUGUGAUGCUAGGGGGCAUGCUGGCGGGGCAUGACCAGUGCGCUGGUGACAUCAUCGAGAGAAAUGGGGCGAAGGUGAAGCUGUUUUACGGGAUGAGUUCUGACACGGCGAUGAAGAAAUAUGUGGGAGGAGUGGCAGAGUACAGGGCCUCUGAAGGCAGAACAGUGGAGGUGCCCUAUAAGGGUGAUGUGGAAGAUACCAUUCUAGACAUUCUGGGGGGUUUGCGGUCCACCUGCACCUAUGUGGGGGCAGCUGAACUGAAGGAGCUGAGUCGCCGGACCACGUUCAUCCGAGUCACACAGCAAUCCAGCAGUAUGUUCACCUAAAACACAGACAGACAGAAACACACAAAUGCGCAAAUACACAUACCUACACACAUUCACACUAAUGCACUUUCAUUCGAGUAAGGCAGCAGUCCUGGAAUAUGUUCUCCUAAAACACGCAGACACACGAGCAGAAACACACAUACACAAACAAUCAAACAAAACAGAGUUUCAUCAGCAUUGGUUGGGGGUCUGACAACCUGUUGACCUAAUUGUGCUGCGCACAUGCAUGCACACUCCCACACCUUCACGUUUAUACAGCAAUCCAGCACAUUGAGCUCACUGACAGACAGACAGGCGGACAGAUAUGUGCACCUUCCUCAGGAUUACACAACAGUUUAGAAUCAAGUUCCUGUAAUUAAACAUACAUAUACAUACAGGCACAAAGGCACACACACGUACACAUGCAUGUUUGCAUGCACACACACACACACACACACACACACCACACCCUCCUUUCUAUCCACUGCAGGGGGCUUUUCCCAGGCUUCAGGUGUGUACAGACCUUUUAACAGGUGGACACAUAUGGACAGUUCACAUUUCAGUGACACAGAUUUCUCAACCAGUUUUUUCCACAGACCUUGUGGGAGGAGUCAUAUAUCCCCCAUUUGACCUCUGCGCAUCAGUGAAAAACAAGCCCCUCUUUUUUAUGCAAGUCUACUGUUGCUACUUCUAAGCCAUACAUUGAUAAUACAAACACAUUUCCUUCUCUCAGGACUUCCAUUAACUGUGACUUUGAGCUCACUUGCUUUAUUACAACCUACAAGCUUGACUCAGCCUUCUUAAAAGCUAAACUGAUUAAAAAGGCAUGUACAAGAUUGUGGGCAGCUCUUCAUCGGGAUACCAAACAGAUUAAAAAAAAACAGCUUUAUUUUGAUGAACUGAAUGCAUGAUGCAAGAUAUGCCCAGACAUGAUCAUACUAUGGUGCUUUCACUAACCUCGCUCACAGACGUAUGUCAGACCUGCCUCGGUACAUACAGGUAGCCUUACUGUACAGCUGGAAAAUCAUUGCUGUUGAUGCCAUCCUCUUUCCACCUUCCCCUUCACUGAAGAUGGCCAGCGGUUGAGAGUUGAAGACCAUUUUUAUUUAUAUUAAUAUUAUGAAUGUAUUUGUCAGAUGCUCUUUAUGCAAGGAUGAGUUUAAGGCUAAUACAGUAUGAUAGACAAAAUAUGUCUUAGAAGAAAAGAGAACAACAGCAAUUUAGAUUGCCUGAAUUACAUAAAAUAGCAUUUAAAAAGAAAUAUUGUGUGAGAACUAAGCUAACCAUAAGCAUAGGGGAUAUUGUGUUAACUCAUUUUUCAAAACAAUCAUCUGCAUGUGAACCUACAUUGCAUAUAAAAAUUGGCAAACUAGCAAAACUGAACAUGUGGGGGUUAUUGAUGAAGGAAUUUCAUAGGGGGAAAAAAGUGGAUGGUGCUGUGUGAAAAAGGGCCUUUUGAGUUGAGGUAGGAAGAACCAGCUUUAUGAUAAUGGCAUGGCAGGCAACAGAGCUCAGCUCACAAAGGGGCCAUUCCUAUUGCAGCUUUGAGUGAGGUCAUUCUAUUCAUUAAUACAGCUGGAUAGGACAUAAACUAUCCAGCUGUAUUAAUGAAUAAUACUGUAUGCGAAAAUGUAACAUCAUAUAAUUCAUGUAAUGUGUGCUAGCUAGUUCAAAAUUUCUCUGUAGGAAUGAAUGACAGACAUUUUUAUUUUUUAUUUUUCAGUAUCAUAUAUGCAGUGUGUACGAUGUGUUGCUCUGUGUAUGCUG